GGUGGUUGUUUUAAACAUUAGUUUCCUGCUGUGAAAAUAAGGUUCCUACCGUCGCUACUUUGUUGCAUUUGUUGGACAAGUUUUGACUUCAAACUGGUAGGCAUGAAUACCUGAUCGCUAACUUCGUGGCUGUUCAGUUCUGAUUCUACUGUGUCACCGGUUUAUCUGUCCUAAGACUGUCGGAAAUAAUGAGCUCUUAUUCAUCAGCCCGAACGACUAAUGACGUUGAAAGUGACAUAGACUUCUCCAUAUACACUCCUAGUAGCGAGUUCGACUUGGAUUUCACAUUCAGAGGAUUAACGAAGCCAAAUAUUUAUGAAAAAGAAGAGGACUCUAGCCGCAAGCAUUUCAACUCACCGGAGUCACUACUCGUCCUCACAGCUAAAACAAUCGCUCUGCAUUUUCCAUUCGAAGUUGUUGAGUCUAGUCCAAUCACUGUACCGGAAGAAUUACAAAGACUUAUAGCUUUUCAUAGUUUUCCCACUGAUGAAGACGAUAUUUGGUUAUAUUCUUGUCUUAGCAGUGGUGGCUCAUACGAAUUCAACCAAGGUGAAGCGUUAUGGCUAGACAGAGCUGUGAAAGAAUGUGUUCAGAUAGGAUUUCAUUUAAGUGCAACUGUAUUAACCAGUCUUCAUAUCGCUCCUGCGUUUGUGCCUCCAACAAGUAACGAAGAGAAUGGUACUGUAAAUCCUAGUUCUGCCGAUUAUUUUAAUCCUUAUGUUAUCAACUUCUAUCCGAAUGAUGGACAUCGUUUACAGUCAAAUCUUGAUAAUGCUGGAGGUACCAAUGAAAAUGUCACGAAUAAUACUAAUAAUAAUAAUAACAAUAAUAAUAAUAGUAAUAAUAAUAAUAACACUAGCAGAAUGCGAAAACGUGGAUUCAAUAUAGAGCCUGAUUAUCCUGCUCAUCGAGUUUCAUUAACUUUUGAUCGACAACGAAUAACUUCGUGUUCAUGUACGUGUACAUUUGAUUUAGAAGAAAGGUGUACAGCAGUAGCAUCACCUUCAAAUACAGGUGAAAAUAAUGUAGUCAAUUCAGGCUCAAUGGAGAAUAUUCCAUUGUCUUCAGUUAGAAAUUCUAUGAGACCAAAUUCUUUUGCCUAUAGGCCGAUGAAUACAACAGAGUCUAAUUCAGGAAUGCUAUGGCAAUUUGGGUCUAGAAAUGAAUCAGUCUUCGCAAAUUGUCAUACUAACUCACGUCAAAUGCCCGACCAACCUAAUAGUUAUCUUAUGAGAAAUAAUUGUUUGUUAAAGAAUGCACCGAAUCAAAUUUCUCCAAAUAGUCGUCGUUCAUGGUUGUAUAAUCAACAUAUUGCUAGUCAAAAUAAUGUGCAUGGUGAUUUGAUGCCUACAAAUGGACAAAAUCCCACCGGUACAUGGUGUUCCCAUGUUGUUGCGACAUGCUUAAUGCGUAUUCGGCAGCCUGAAAAAGUUUUAUUACGUGCCCCAAUAUCAGAGUCUCUUUCAAAAUUGAGUAGAGAAGAUUUACAGAAGUUUGCUCAAAAUUUAAUCUGUCAUGUCGGACCUAGAAAGAUUUUACCAGCUGCACAACGCAUACUCGAUCAGUUAUUAACAGGUACAAAUAAUCCUAUUAAGAAUUCUGCUGGAGCACCUGACCCAACUCUUGGUGGUGCAUUAGGUGAUGCUGCAGCAUGGUGUUUCGAUGGUGGUGUAUUAGAAGAAAAGUUAAGAGUUACCCUGCGUAGAUUUUGGGCUCCAAGACCUGUACUCUACAGUGAUAUUGGAUCAUUGAGUUUUAAUUUACCCGCAGAGAUGGAGAAUUUCCGUUGUAUACUUCAGUCACGUCGAUCUAGUGAACCACGUGGGCUGUGGGAUUUAUUGUCAUUUAUUGGAAAUAUGAUGAAACGACAAGAUAAUAAUGCUGUUUUACUUCUAGAAAUUGUCACACGCUGUAUUUUAGACAUGAUUGAGGUCAUGUUUUGGUGGUGUACUGUUCAAACUAAUCCAUGUCAUUUUCCUGAAACUUUAUCUGUUCGUCAAAAACAAACCCAAUGUGGUGCUUUAUGGUUAUGCGAAGAGAUUGUUCAACUUUGGCGAUUGGCUUGUUUAAAUCCUGAACUUCGACCAAUUUUAAGUCAUGCUAACAAUAAGCCUUUAUCACCUUCACCAUCAUCGUCAUCAUCAUCGACAUUUGGACAUGGUUUAUUUUCUAGUUCUAAUUGUAAAGCCUAUUCAGGUAAUAGUUGGCUAUUACAACAGAUUGCGCAUAGAUUACAAGCAUUUCAUGUAUUCGCUUUAACACAAGCUGACUAUCAGUUGAAUUCUACAAACUCUGGUGAUAAAAAUGUAGUGACAAUGUUCUGGUGUAACACACUAGGUGGUUCUUUAUUUCCCAAUGAUAUGUUACCACCUGAUCAAGAUAGCUCAGAUUAUAUCCCGAAAAAUGUUUCUUUAUUUAGUGGAUUUAUGCCAGCUCUUUCAGCUUGCAGACUUUCUUGGUCAUCAGAAGUUCCUCCAACAUAUGGUCUUUGUGCAACGGAAUUUUUCAAGUUUAUGCCAUCGUUUUAUGGAGCACAUAUUACUAGCGAUUCUGAAAUCACGGAUUAUGCAAAUGUUAUUUUAACAUUUUCAAGAAAUUACUUUGAUUCAAUGAAACACUAUUCUCCGAUUGAAUUGGACAAUUAUUGGAAUAUGGAUCAGAUAAAUUCACAAUUAUUCAAUAACCUGCCAUUACCUGCUAAUCAUAUUGAGUUCGCUUUUUCAAGAUUUCAAGCAUUCGAUGCACAUGGAUAUACUGAACAAGCUUUACAAUGGGCAAGAUAUUUAGCGCUUUUGUUAUUAUAUACAAGUAAUGAAUUUAUUAAUGAAUGUGAACAAGUAUCAUUUGAAAUUGUUGGCAGAAUUAAAUAUCAAACUGUGUCUCAAAGUAAUUCAGCACAUUCAAAUCGAAAUAGUAAUAAUAUUAAUUCACAAGUGGGUGAAUCAAGCAGCCAUAUACAUGAAUCGUAUCCUAAUAACAACUUUCAAUCAAAUAACCAACAGAAGUCAACAUCGACGAAUACGGUGUCGAAUUCAUUGAUUGCUGGGUCUAGCGGCGCUGCUGCUGCUGCUGGAGGUGGUGGUAUACCCGGGGGAAGUAGUUCGAAUACACGAAAAAAUGCACGAAAUUCACGUUCUAAAAAAGCUACCACUAGUUCAACUACUGUUAAUAGUAAUCGUGAAACUACAGAGAAAUAUACCAGUUCAAUUAAACUGCAUCCAUUAUUCAAUAAAUUAUCAAUUGAAUAUACUGCAAAGGCUAUUCGUUGGUUGGAUCAAAUUCGCUGUGUCAUGGAAUGUCUUUCUCGUUCACACGAUGAAUUUGUCUCUAAUACACCAAGUUCUUCAAUUAAUGGAAAUACUUUCAAUAUUAAACAAACUCUACGUGGACUUUAUACAAAACCGACACGUUUUGAAACUACAAGCAAUAUUAAUUAUAAUAACCUGAGAGCAGCUGCUACUACUGCUAGUAAUAGUAAUAAUAAUAAUAAUAAUAAUAACGAAGCUAAUGCCAACAGUAAUACUAAUGGUUCCAAUACUAACAGCACUAAUGAUCACAAUCGUCAAACAGAGGAUAGAAAUGCUGACUUCAUUAAAUCUUUUGAUGCAUGGAAGUGUAUUGAUAUUGAAUUAGCAUUCCGUUUAGGAUUUUGUGCUUUGAAAUUUCCUAGACCACCGUGUUGCAGCCCUUUAUUAGAGGUGGAAUUAUUCGAUAUGGAAGUUGGUUUACUUAAUCGUUUGUGUCUACUGCCAAUUCAUAUUGCCUGUCCGCAUGUUAUAUCAAGUAUACGCAAUGAAGCGAAACAAGUAAUAUCUGGAUUAACAUUACAUCAAAAAGAUAUUCUAGUUCCAUUCAACCUGGUCACAUACUUAUUUCAUCAAUUAGUUGGUGUAUCAAGUUCAUAUAGAAAUCCAUUAUGUCCACGGGUGGUCAAUCUUAUCCUAUCUUUGGAUCAGAAUACAGAAAAUGUUACACAGAAUAUGAAUACAACAGGCCUACUAAAUAUACUGGCUUGUCCAAUUUUAACAACUGGUGCUGUAUUAAAUGGAAGUGGUUUACCAUUAGCAAUGGAAAUUUAUAAUUUACACAAUGAUAUGAGAAAUAAUUCACCGGAAAUUAAAAAAACAGAUUAUAAUAUUAAUGUGCGUAUUACAUCAGAUGCAGAACUAGGCCUACAAUCUGUGAUAUCAGUAUUGGGUGUAAAAUCUCGUGUACCGGAGAAAUUGUUCACCUAUUUUAUUGAAGGUCAACGUGCACAAGAAGAUGCUUUAGCUCUCUAUCUGUUUCAUGUAUAUCGAGAUGAUAUACCGAAAUUGGAUCGAAUACUUGCCAGACUACUUGAUCGUUAUUACAAUCCACACUUUAAAUCACCACCUCUAUGGGCUUGCUUAAACUUGGAUUCUCGUGAAUUAAUGAAUUUUCAGUCAUUUAAUAUAGGUUAUAAUUCAGUUCCUGAAAUGGCGGAUAUCAUUAAACAUGAGAAUAAAUCUUUUGCAGCACAAAAUUCAGCUACUGCUUCUAAUACUCCUCCUAAUACCAUCAGCACUGCAACUACAGCUGCUACUAAUAAUUCGGUCAAGUUGAACAGUUUAUCAACAAUGAAUCCCGUAACGAAUCCUGGGAUGUCUUCAAUGUCAAAUUCAACUUUUCAAAGUUUAAAUCAUUUGACGGAGGUUGAAACAGUUGUGUGUGGUAGUAGUAGUAGUAAUAACAAUAAUAAUAAUAAUGAUAAAAUUUCACCAGUAACUGAAAUAAAUUGUAAAGAAAGCGAUGAUAUCAACACUGGCGUAGAUGAAGUUACUCCACGUAUUCCCGAAGAUAAAUAUGCCUAUUCAGAUAUGCCUGAUACAUCGCCAGUUUCAGAUGGGGAUAACUUAUCUAAUAAAGUGAAACAGCAGUAUACAUCUGUUAAUAAUUUACCAUUAUCGUUUGAUCCAGUCUCGGUCAGUGAAGACACGGAUACAUUAUCUGAUUCGAAGCUGGAUAACUUACGAUGUGCAGCUUUGUGCGAUCCACGUAGAAGACUAUGUCAUUUCUCUGCAGUUGAUACUAGUGCACCAGAAACAACAAGUAGUGAUAAUUCACCUGAUGCAAUACGUCGGUUAGUUCUAGUUGGUCAAAAAUCGUCAGCUGCUGCCUAUACAACUGAAAGUAGUGAUGGUGGAUGUGGAGAUAUUGCUGAACGUUAUAAACAAAUGUCUAUAAAUGAUCAUACCUCGAAUUCAGUUUCUAUGUCUACAACAGCAACUUUGAUUGAAAGUAAAAAUUAUAAUAAACAUGAGAAUGAUAAACAAAUUUCAAUGGGACAGAGUGAUAAAAUACAGUCGUCGCGAUCACCCCCUUCUUCCUCUUCCUCCUCCACUGAUGUUGAUGAUGAUGGUGGUAAUGAAUGCAUUUCAACACAGAUUCCGAUUACCAAACAGUUAAUCAAUAAUGAUAACAAUACAAAACCUUGUCAGGCAAAUUACUUUCAAAAUAUGUCGGAUGACGUCAAUGUUCCUUCAGGUUCGCAUAGCGAAAUUAAAAGUAAUACAAAGCGUAAUACCAAUUCAUGUAGAGAUUCAGAGUCUUAUCCUUUACCUCUUCGAAAUUUAUCGGCAACAACUGGUCCAUUUCGUUUACGGAUUGGCUGGCACUCUCAUCUUAAACGCCCACCACCACAACCUUUAUCCGAUUCAAUGGCAUUUCAUGUAUUCCAACUGGCUAAAAAAAUUCGCGAAGGUGCUUGUGGACCAAGUGGUAGUGGAUCAAUGUUUGUUGCUGAGCCCGAAGCAAAUGACACUGUGCAUCGUAAUCUUCAAUUGGUUUCUUUCCAGUUGGGACUUUAUGGUUUGGGACUUUUCAAUGGUCUUCUACCUUCAUGGCAAAAUCGUACAUUUUCAAGAAAUGGUGGAUGGAUUAGUCAACAAGUAUUUGAAAUCGGUAUACCGGCUGCUUGUAUUUUAUAUCAUUCUUGGCAACAACAUCUUACAGCUUCAGAGCUUGCUGCUAUUUCAUUCCAGUUAUCAAGAGAAAAUAAUCGUUUGCUUGUUGAUAUCGCCGCAGAACUUUGCCUUGCAAGUUUAUCACUAUGUAAUGUAUUGAGACCACAAGAAUUAUAUCGAGCAUUAGAACAAUGCGGUGAACAUUCAAGUAUGACACUUGAACGUGGUCUCUUAUGUACUGAAAAAAGUGUACAUCAAUCCUCUCAUGGUACUCUACCAGAAAUCUAUUUCUUUUUAGCAAGAAGUUGGUUCUCUUUAUAUCAUUCUGUCACAAAGGAACAUGAACAAGCAUUGAAUUCACUAGAUAGCAUGAAUUUAAAUCAACAAUUAUUAUCAAAGAUUGCAAGUGAAGGUAAUUCAAUUAUAACGUCUACACUAACUAAUAAUACACCUCCACUUUCUUGUAAUACUACAAUUACUACUACUAAUACUAAUACUGCUGUUGUUGCUGCUGCUGCUACAAUCACAGGAAAUUCUACUUGCAACACACUUUUAUCUGAAGGUAAUGUUUCAUUAAGUAAUUCAGCUAUCCCUGUUCGUGAAAUAAAUAAUAAUAAUACUGAUAAUAAUAUUAAUACUAAUAAUACUUCCGGUGUACAACUGCCACCAUUAUGUGGUUCAACUGAUAUGGGUAGUGUGGGUAAUAGUAAUUCAUUAAACAGUGAUUUAACCAAUGCAUGGAAUUAUUAUCAAUCAGUUAACUUAUUUCAACCACCAAUUUUACGACCAGAUCAUCAUCAACAACAACAACAACAGCAGCAACAGCAACCAUUUAUGUAUCCACCCUCAGUAUACCCUAUCCAUCCAAACUAUUCCAGCUUCUCACUUCGGCAACAGCCCCAACAACAACAACAACCACCAACACCACAGUUCCCUCCUUUUCCGUACUAUCUAAACAUGUUUAACUUACAGCAAACACAACCACCAUCUCAACCGCAAACACAACAACAACAACAGCAAACGAACAACUUAUUAAAUGCGAAUAAUUCACAGCCACAAUUGCAAUCUACGCAUCAUGUACCGUGUUAUUUACCUCAAACACAAUUAGUAUCAUCACCGAAUACAUCGUACCCCUUUGGAAUACCGUCUAUGCCUCAGGCAACACCAUUGGGUAACAAUCUGGCAUCUGUGCCUGUACAGAAACUACCAGGUAAUUAUUUCCUUCACCCGCAGUUUAUUCCAAACGCUAAUCAUCCGACAUCACCAUCAUCUCAAUCUGCAAAUUUAAUUCAAAGCAGUCCAUUCGUUACUAUUGCACAUCAAAUUAAUCCUUCUAGUUCACUAUCUCCUACGAUUUCAAAUAACAUUUUACCAUGCAAUUCAUAUCAAACAUAUCCAACUGACCAAGUAAUUGAUCCAUCAGUAUAUGCCUACAAUCCUACAAUGGUUAUACCAAAUAUUCAUCCUACAAUGGUUUGUAAUGUUUUAAGUAAUCCACCUCAGCAACAACAACAACAUCAACAGUCUGUGGAGUCUAUCACACCUUUAUCGUCUUCCUCUAUAAACAAUUACAAUAACAAUGGUUGUAUUAAUACAUUAAAUCUUAAUGCAAUAACUGACGCUACAGUGAUAUCAGGAAACUCACUUUCAUCAGUCAUUUCAUCGGCACUGACAUCAACAUGUCAAUUGACUACAUCGAGUACUGCGUCUAGUUCAAUUGUAGUACAUCCAUCAAUGUCUGAUCAAGGAUCUAUUUUAUCCGAAGGGGAUUCAUGUCGUUUAACUGAAUCAAUAGCUGAUGGAUUAGGUGAUGAAAACAAUCCUAAUUCUAAUAACAGUAAUGGUUCUAAUGAAGCAUCUUUAAAUAAUAAAGAAAAAUUAUCUAAUACAUCAGUAAAAUCUACGCUAAGUGAAUUACAAGCGUUGGAGGUGAAAGCACAAACAUAUUUGGUUAAAGCAUUCUUUUGUGCAAAAUGUGCUAUUAAGAAAAUGUCUGUUAAUCAAUCUGGCACCAGUACAAAUUUCAAUCGUCAAAAUAAUACUAUUGUUGUUUCAAUGCCAUCAAAGAAUAUGCGUGGAAAGCAUUACUAUCAUAUGCAACAAAAUCAUCGUGGUAAUGUACCGCAUCAUUUUCAACGGCGUUAUGCAACACAAAAUGAUGCUCCGUCUUCUUCUUCUUCUCAUAACAAUAAUGGUAAUAAUCAUAAUAGUAAUAAUAAUAAUAAUAAUAAUGGUUUAUCAGUAGCAAACAAUAUUCGUAGUAAUCUAAUCAAUGAUGAAGUUAAUUCAACUAAUUGUAUAUCAUCAGAGAAUUCAUCAUCAUGGUAUUUUAUGCCUAGUGUAUCUUCAUCGUGUGGAUCGAAUCAAAUCAAAGUACCAUCAAGUGUUAGUGCAUAUUUUAAUCUGACUAAUUCGACCACUUCAAAAUCGUGUGAUUCACAUAUCCUAUGGACUUUAGAUGUAGCCAGUAGUUUAGGUCCUAUGGCUGUAAAUGAAUACUGCAAUUUAGUUUUACAGUGUGUCACCUGUCCAUUAUUAAUGGAACAAAUAACCGCUAGAGUUAUUGACUAUUAUGAGAAACGUAUGAAGGAGAACACAUCCACUACUACUGGUACAGUUUGUGGUGGUGGCGGUCCCAGUGUUGGUAACAGUUGUGUCAGUAAUGCUCCUAUUACAAAUCCAUCAUUUGACCAACAGAACUAUUUUGGUAUUCAGUCAUCCAACGAAGUUAUUUCUGAGACUGCUGAUAAAAAUAUUAACUUUUGUCCAAAUACAUCUCGAAAUUUUGCCGAUCAUUCUCAUAUGCCCAAUCAGUUGUGGACAACACUGCCGUCUAUGACUACAUCCAACUGGCCAAUAAAUACAAAUGUUCAGAAUCCACAGGAUUUUAUUCCAAUUAUGCCUGUACCUUAUUCUCAUUCAGAUCCAAACAACAUGGCUUCCUCAUUUAAUUACCACUCAUUCUUACCACCUUCGAUUCACCCGUCAAAUAUACCGUGGUCACAUUCCACUGGACCUAUGAAUUACCCUGUAUUACAACAAAAUUUAUAUUCAAAUCAGUUACAAGAAAAUAUUUGUCAAUUUCAACAAAUGAAUUUAAAUUCUGAACUAAAUAUAAAUUCUAAUUCUUAUAUCAAUUCUAACAAACCAAAUAAUUUAGGGCAUCCAUUAAAUCGACCACCUUAUCAAACACCAAUACAAUGGCAAAUGAAUGCACAACCAUACAUUCGUCCUUUCCUUCAAAAUUAUGCAUACACGAAUUCAGUUACACCACCGGCUGCAACCACUUCAUCUCAUACUAAUUACACUGGGACUGAUGAACAAACAAAGCCGAAUGCAAAUGAAUUUACUGGUAGAGAUGUUGUAGAGAUGUUAAUCAACCAAACGCAUACUUUAUUUCAAAAGUACAUUGGUCAAAGACUUCAGUUUAUUGGACAAAGUCAAGCCGAAUGGGAUGAAUUCGUUGAUCUUGUUUUAAAAGCAUAUAAUGUUCAUUUAAGUAUGCCGGCUAUUGAUUGUGGACUACAUUGGAAUAAUUUACUCACUCGUAUUCGUCGUCAUCAAAAGUGUAGUCCAGCUUUAUGGCAGCGUAUACUUGCUGGUAUACAAACAGCUGAUUUGAAGAGAACGGCAUAGUCUUCUUCCUUCUUUUUUGUUGUUGUUAUCGUUGUGUUUAUUGCUCCAUUCCCUUAUCCAUUGAUUUGUUUUUUCUGUCUAUAACUUUUCUUUUCUCUUGCAAUUACUGUUGUUGUUAUUGUUUGUCGUCGUUGUCGUUAUCGUUUUCAUUGUUUUUCGUAUUAAUUACUUUUACAUACUUAUAUAUUCGAACUAUUCGUUUGUUUGUCUCACCUAUGUACUUAUCCUUUUUGAACACAAAUGAACUUGCCAUAUUUUCCUAUUCAUGGGCUAUAUUUACACAUUUUCUAAAUCAACGUUUCUUUCUCCCUUCUUGCAUCUUCAGCUCUACUUUUUCCUCUUGUUUUUACUCUACUCUCAUGUAUUCAUUAUGCGUUUAGUAAAUAUAUGUUACUUAUUUGUGUAAAAGUGCGUCGGUGGCGCUCGCCUACCAUGCACAUGGUCCGGGGUUCGAUUCCCGGCCGACGCACUCCUUUACCUCGCUAAGCCAGAAAUAAUGCUGGUGAAGAGGAAAGGUCGGGCAUGAGGCUAGCAACCUCAUCCUGUAAAAUAUACACUGCUACAGAAACUUCAAGCCACUAGCUUGAAGCCCUAUUUGUGUAAAAAGCAAUACAUUGGAAGGAGUUAUCAAAAAAAAAACGACUAUCAAACUAUGAUAGUGUUGUAAAACAAUGGCCUUCUCCUCUGUCUAACGCAUACACAUACACACGUGAUCAUUCCUAAUUUCCUCAUUGUCAUCACCAUCAUCAUACUAAUACUACUACUACUAAAAGUGCUCAAUCGUAUAUUCUCUUUUAAGCAUUUUCUGUUUUGAUAGUCGUUGUAGUUUUUAAAAUAGUUAACGGUUAGUAAAAUAUACCUUUUUUUAGAAAAAACGAAAGAAAAUCAUGAGUUUCUCGUUUUUUUGUUCUUCUUCUUCUUCUUCCAAUGGUGGUCAUCAUCGUAUUCUUGUCGUAUUACGUAUGCGUGGAGUUAUGUGUACAAUUUGAUGUAUCUCUGAUCACCUUAUAUAUAUAUGUGUAUUUUAACUAUUGUUAUAUUCCUUCUUAAUUAUGUAUUUUUUGGUUGUUCUUGUUGUUGUUGUAUAUGUAAGCAUGUGUACUUUUGUCCACUACUAGUGCUAUAGUAAGUAACUCCAUUGGUCAUUAUAACUCUCAUCAUUAUCGUUGUCAUCACUUAUAUAUUGGUAGCGGGAGAACAAGUACUUUACUACUCAUUUACGCGUUUACUCACGAAAAUAUUGUCAAUGUUAUUAUCUAAAUCUUAUUCGUUUGGAAAGAGAUUUUUUUCUUCUCGUUUUUUCAUCUUUUUUUUAUCGUUCGUUCUCCCUACCAUCCUAGGUUGAAAGAAAAAGAAAAGAAAAUCAGUAAAGUAUUUAAACUCUAUUCAUAAGUUGUAUUUUAUUUGGUUCGACUAGUGUUGGUUUUCACUUUUUGAAUUGGUUACAAUUUCGGUAACUUUAUCGAAAUUGUUUUUAUGUUCACAUAUAAAAAUAUUCUCAAAUAAAUUACUUAACAAUUUUGGUAUA